GUCCAUUUAAUUUUUAUUUGUGUUUAUUGUGCAUGCAUGUUCUUGAUUUUUGUCUAUUUCAGUCCAAAAAUAAAAAAAUGUUUUGAUUCGGUUUAUCUUUUUUUGCAAGUUUGCUUAUUAAGACUCAAAUAUAAAUGUAAUAAAUAAGUUGAAUCAAAACCCCAAUGUUAAUGUAUGCAACCGUGUUUAAACGAAGGAUUGUGAGGUGCGUUUCCUCACUCCUAAUCGAACCCCCGAACCCCGACUUUGCGCAUACUCGUUUUAGUGGUCGUCAACAGAUUGGCGACUCCACUGGGGACUGAAUCCAGAAGCUCUGAUUUUCAUGUUCUGGAUUCAUGAGAGUCGAGCUAAUACUUUAACUUUGGAGAAUUUUUCAGCUUUUGAUUUUUCUUUUGUUUGUUGAGUCUUUGUGGGUCUUUGUUACUCGUUGCAUGUGCUUCUUGUUUGUUCUUUGUUUCUUGUUGUUUUGAUGAUUGCUUUAUUAUUUUGCUUUUGAGUAAUUGUUUGGCUACAUCUUAGCAUGCAUCAUAUUUUGCUCACAUGUUCAUGCAUCAUAUCAUCACAUGCACAUCCAUCGUUGAUGUUAUAUGCUUAUUCAUCAUGCAUCAUGCUCACAUGCCUGUUUGUUUGUGUGUGAAUAUACUCACCUUUUACACUUGGCUAUGAAGUACCUAGUAAAUCUCUUUUCUCUUGUGCGAUUAUUACACCUUGUUGCAUGUUAAAUGUUAGUUGUUUUGUUUUACUAACCUUUUGCAUUUGGCAUGGGAGUACUAGGUGAGUCCCUUCCUACUGUGUAAAUAGGUGUGUUUGUGGAUGCUACAUCUAUUGAGUGUUUUACAUGUUUUAUUUUAUUGCUGUGGAAUAUAUGUUGUUAUUUUGUGGUUGUCAUUGUGCAGGUUAUUGGAAUGUCAUACCCCUUGCACACACUCACUCUCAUUUUGCAUUAGGUCCGUGUAGGAGGUGAACCCGACCUCUAGUCUGGAUUCCUUACAAAUCUGAUGUCACGCCCCAGAACCCAAAUC